AUGGCCGCCGUCACCACCCAGAAGCUCUUCUCAUCCCACCAGCUCACCCACAAUGUCACCAAGCUCUCCCCAGGCCAGCAAGUGCACAGCUAUUCCUCUGACCUUGGACCCGACUCACCAGUACUCACCCUGAUUCACGGCUACCCUCAAUGGCGCUACCUCGCACCCCUCCUCAAAUCCAAAAUCUCCCUCUUCAUCCCCGAACUCCCCGGCUACGGCAUCUCCCACCCCCAACAAUCCAACGACAAACGCUCCAUCGGCACCAGCCUCCUCCAAGCCCUCACCUCCAUCUUCGGCCCUGACCGCCGCGUCAUCCUCGGCGGCCACGACCGCGGCGCCCGCAUCUGCCACCGCCUAGCCGUUGACGCCGCCUCUGGCUCCGGCCUACCCAACAUCACCGUCCUCGGCGUCGUCAUGCUCGAUAUCCGGAUCGCUGGGCCAUCGGCUGUCGGCAAGGAGCGCGUGGCUGCCGAUGGCGCGUUGGACGUCUAUGGUGAGUUGUUUGAUAGCGAGGAGGUGAUCCGGUACACUGCCGAGGACUAUAGGGCGGGAGCACAGGAGGAUGUAGAUUUGCAGAAAGAGGAUCAGAAGGCAGGCAGGAAGAUUGCGGUGCCGACGUUGGUCAUGUUCAGCAAGGCGAGACUGGGGAUGACGCUUGACGUGGAGGAUAGUUGGCGGAGCUGGGUGGCAGAUGGGGUCGAUUACAAGGGUGUGGGAGUCGGAGAUGAGAGGGGACAUUACCUGCCAGAAGAGGCGCAUGAGGACGUGUACGAGGAGGUGGUCAAGUUCAUCGAGAAGGUCGCCACCAAGAAGGAUUAG